GCAGAAAUCCAGCCAUGUCGCAUGCGGGUCGGCAAAAUCUCGCCAAAUAUCCACGGCAAAGAGUUCGACUUCCCCACCCACGUUCGAGGUCUGGCUGCCUAGUGUGCCGGCGUCUGCACAAGAAAUGUGAUGAGCGUCGGCCGGCAUGUACUCGCUGUUUGCUGAAAGGAAAGACUUGCCAAUGGCCUGGUACUGAUCAGCGUGAGCCCGAUUCCGACAAGCUCUCGCCUUCUCAUGAUGCGGCGCCUCCAACUCGAGAUGAUAUUAAUGAUAAUAAUCCUAAGCCCUGCGGGGAGGACAUAUCGUCUCCGGUUUCAAUAUCCAGUGAGCGUGGCAAGGUUAGAGACGAGGGCUGUCGUCUCGUUGCCUCGCCGGGUUGCUCCAUGGGCUCUGUGUCCUCCAUGUUUCUCGCCCACUUUGUCGCGGAGACCAGCAGAUUCAUGACCACUGUUAGCGCGGAGAAGAAUCCAUUCUUAACGCAUCUGCUCCCACUGGCUUUCUCGGACGAGUUGAUAUUGCACUCACUGCUCACUCUUGGAGGGGUCCACUUAGAACGUAAACAAAGCUCUCCAGAAAUCAACACAUGGGUUUUCCGACAUUAUGGGCACGUCAUAUAUCUGCUCCAAGAUGCCAUUUCUCGGAAAUCGAACGAGCCGAUCGAGUGGCUUCGAGCCCUUCUCGCUCAGCUAAUCCUCUACCUAACCGGGGUUUUCGGCCCCGCACAAGAUGAAGGUGUAAUGAUGCAUAUUCGAGCCGGAAGGAAAAUUGUCCCCCGACUACUGAGUGCUUCGUCGAAAUCAAGUAACAUGCAAGUGCUAAGUGGCUUCACGCUUGAAUUAUACACCUACCUGGCCCUUGUAGCCAGUCCUACGCCCUACAGCAAUGGGACAGAGUCGGAGCUGGAUACUCGCAGCUCUCUCAUGCUUCCCUGGGAUAUCCUAAAGAACUACGAGACCUUUGGUGUUAUUGUUCCCCCUAUUUAUGAUUGCCUAGAGAUAAUUCCGCGAGUGGUUACUCUUUGCAAGCGCCGUCAAGUGGAGAUGACAUUUCACGAGUGCUCGUCGGGAAGCUGGCUGGAAUUCGUUCAAAUAAUAGCCAGCAUUGAGACAAUUGGGACUGCCGAUUAUUUACCAGAACUUGCAGUCGACCUUGAGCACGAACAGGGCCUCUCGGUCUCAGCAAUUUAUCGCCACGCUCUGGCAAUUUUUGCAUACGACGCCAUGUGGUGUGGUACUAUCGCAGUGGAUGAGAACCGAUUGUCCGUCGUUCGGCGGCAUGCCCUGAGUGCGUUGAUGCUGAUACCGACUUUGAUAGACACGCAUCUCAAGAAUGUCCUCCUCUGGCCAACUAUUGUGAUCGGGUCUUGUCUUCUCAACGAGACAGAGAGGGAUGUGAUUAGAGCAGUGCUAUCCAACAGGGAGCCAUUCUUUGUGGUGAUAAAGAUGCAGGCGAUGCUUGAGAACCUAUGGGCUGAAAAUGACCCUGUCUAUUUCGGGCCUUAUGGAUUGCACAAACACAUGCUGUCGCAUCACACUGCCAUAUAUCUUGCGUAACCUGCAAUUUUUUUACGUGUAUCAGUGGUACAACGUGAGGGCAAGAAGUAAAGUAAUUACACCUUAAGUACAACCAUAUAUACAGUAUACAAUGACUUGAAGGUACACGAUAAUAAGAC